AUGCGCUUCACUAGUGUUGUAGCAGCAUUGAUUGCUGUCACCAGUAUCACCAGUGCAUUCCACAUACACUCUACCGAAACCGAGUCCCUCGAACGCAGAGCUCCGGUCAAGAAGCCAUUGACUCCAGUUAUUAAGCCCGUCACUCCCGUAAAGAAGAAAGUCAUCCUGGAGAAGAAGCCAGCGAAAAAUGCAGGCAAACCAAAAAAGAACAUCCCUGAGGCAAUAAUCAAGCCCUACAAGAGACAUUGUUCCCACAUGAAACAUAAGAAGAUUGCUGCUAGAGUCGAUGAUACAUUGGUCGAGUAUGAUGAAAUCACAUACACAUUCACCGUCCUCGGAGGUGGCUUCCUCACCAAGACUUGGGUCGAAGAUGGUCACAUUCUCCGUGUUGAUAACCUCAGCGGUUGCAACGGCGUCUACUUUUUCGAUGGCACAGGCAAGGCAUCUGUCACCCAUAUUGUCGCCGGCACAGAGAGAGUCGAAGCAAGAGAUGCGGCAACAAAAGCGGCAGCAGAAGGCACCAUCACCGAGGUCAAGGUUUACGCCCAUGCUAGUUCCAAUUUCAACGCUAUUAAGGAGCAGGUAAAUCUCGUGCUGGGAGUCGGGGUUCCCGUCACACACAUACGAUACACUCACAACCAACAAGACAGAACUGAAAGAAACGGAGUUACCUAUGCAGCUGGCGAUCUGACUAAUACACUCACACCACUACCUGCAUAUCACUGUUCAAGUUAA